ACUCAUUUGCAUACAAUAUUUUGCUUUCUGUUUAAUGAAUGGGGAUGAAAAUGACAGAAAAUAUAUCAUGAUCUCGAUUUCUAGCAAUGGCUAGUAACGGAUCUAGGCGUCAUGGAACAUCUACUAUGAAAAUUCGUUUAACAGUUCUUUGUGCCAAGAACUUAGCCAAGAAAGAUUUCUUCCGCCUACCUGAUCCUUUUGCUAAAAUUAGUGUGGAUGGUUCCGGUCAGUGUCAUUCUACUGAUACCAGUAAAAAUACUUUGGAUCCAAAAUGGAACCAGCAUUAUGACCUGUACAUAGGAUCAAAGGAUUCUGUAACUAUAAGUGUAUGGAACCAUAAGAAGAUCCACAAGAAACCUGGUGCUGGAUUUUUAGGAUGUGUUCGUAUUAUGUCCAAUGCAAUACAACAGUUGAAAGAUACUGGAUUUCAACGUUUGGACCUUCAGAGAAAUAACAGUGAUGAUAAUGACAAUGUUCGUGGACAGAUUGUCAUUAGCUUGAUUUCCAGGGACAGAGGUGGAUCAGGCUCUGGUCCAGUCAAUACUGAUGCCUCAGGAAUACCUCCAUCAAUUCCCAGUGAUCCAAAUGAAUUACCAGAUGGAUGGGAAGAGAGAAGAACUGCAAGUGGACGAGUACAUUAUGUCAAUCACAUAACACGAUCCACACAAUGGGAGCGACCAACAAGACCUGCCUCAGAAUGCAUGAGAAAUAGUAUAAUGGUGAACACAUCACAACCUAGCCAAUCCAGUUCAAACAGAUUGUCAAAUAAUAACAAUAGUAGUUCAAGUAAUAAUAAUGAAGAACCACCGCUACCGAGACGACGGUCAACAAGACAUAGAAAUUACCUCAAUCGGUCACAAUUACAUAACGCUGUGGCAUUACCAGAUGGAUACGAACAAAGAACGACACAGCAAGGUCAGGUGUACUUUUUACACACCAGAACAGGUGUUAGCACAUGGCAUGAUCCCAGAGUUCCAAGGGAUUUGUCAAAUGACGAGAUUCGUGAAGAAGACCUGGGUAGAUUACCUUCUGGUUGGGAAGUAAGACAUACAGGCAAUGGGAGAGUUUAUUUUGUUGACCAUAAUAGUAGAACCACUCAGUUUACAGAUCCAAGGUUGUCUGCCAAUAUAAGGUUGUUACAGCAUAGAGGCCAAUCUAGUUCCAAUAGGUCGAAAGACAAAGAGAACGAAUCACCAGUGCCUAAAUAUAAAAGGGACCUUGUCCAGAAAAUGAAAAUUUUACGACAAGAACUACAGAAUUUGCAACCUCAGGGAGGACAUUGUAGGAUGGAAGUUUCGAGAGAUGAAAUAUUUGAGGAUUCCUAUAGACAAGUAAUGAAAUUACGUGCCAAGGAUUUGCGGAAAAGAUUAAUGGUAAAAUUCAAAGGAGAGGAAGGCUUAGAUUAUGGAGGUGUGGCAAGGGAAUGGUUAUAUCUUUUAUCACAUGAAAUGCUGAAUCCCUACUAUGGUCUUUUCCAGUAUGCCAGGGAUGAUAUCUAUACAUUACAAAUAAACCCUGAUUCUGGGGUUAAUCCAGAACAUUUGUCAUACUUUCAUUUCGUUGGUCGUAUUAUUGGCGUAGCCAUAUUUCAUGGACAUUAUUUAGAUGGAGGAUUUACUAUGCCUUUCUAUAAACAUCUGCUAGGUAAAACUGUUCAGUUAAAUGAUUUAGAAGAUGUUGAUCCUGAACUUCAUAGAAGUCUAGUCUGGUUAUUAGAAAAUGAUAUAGAAUCAGUAUUGGACCAUACAUUCUCAGUGGAACAUAGUUCUUUUGGUCAGGUUACACAAUAUGAACUUAAACCGGGAGGCAAUGAUAUCAAAGUGACAGAAGAAAACAAAAAAGAAUAUGUCCGGUUAUAUGUGCAGUGGAGAUUCAUGCGAGGGAUUGAGGCACAGUUCUUAGCUCUACAAAAAGGUUUUAACGAGAUCAUUCCACAACAUAUGCUGAGACCUUUUGAUGAGAGAGAAUUAGAGUUGAUGAUAGGUGGUCUUGGUAAAAUAGAUUUAGAUGAUUGGAAACAGCACACAAGGUUAAAACACUGCAAUCCAGAUACAAAUAUUGUCAAGUGGUUCUGGAAGGCUUCUGAUGGCUUCUCAGAUGAAAUGAGAGCCAGACUAUUACAGUUUGUAACAGGCAGUUCAAGAGUACCAUUACAAGGCUUCAAAGCUCUUCAAGGCUCAACAGGUGCUGCUGGCCCGAGACUAUUUACAAUACAUUUAGUAGAUACAAAUACAGACAACUUGCCUAAAGCUCAUACAUGUUUCAAUCGAAUAGACAUCCCUCCAUAUGAAUCAUAUGAAAAAUUGUUAUCAAAAUUGACUUGUGCUGUAGAUGAGACAUGUGGAUUUGCUGUUGAGUGAUUUGUAUUGUGCAUUUCGUUAUGAGUGGAAUUCAGAUGGAAAAAUUGUAUGCUGUUGUGGAAGGAUAUAAAUGAUUAAUUUAAAAGAAAAGACCAGAACAAUUGCACGAAAGAGCAAUUAGACCAGCACUAUGGAAUACCUAUGUCAUAAGAAUCCUGAAUGGAAUUAAAUUUUUUUUUGUUUAUUAAGAAAUCAAUCAUAUGUACUGUUUAUAUUAUUUGAGUAGAUUUUUAGGUUACUCUGUAUUUCUAUUUUAAGUAUUUUCUCCUUUUCAUGUAUAAAAAUCCAUUCUUUUAUAUGUUUAGUUGUCGAAAAGAAAUUUUUAAAAGGAUAAUGAAAUCAUUGUUUUAUAACGCAAUUCAUUGCAUUCAGGUUUGUAAAAUCAAAAUAUUUUGGAAUGAAUAUGUAUGAUCAAAACCUGCAUGUAUUAAUAGUGUCAAACAUACUUAUAUAUAGUCAAAAAAUAUUUUUCAGAUUUUGCGAAAUUGUUUGAAAAUUUAAAUCUCGUGAUAUGGUUUGGUCAACAAUCUCUUCUUUGUUGCGAAGAAGGGGAUGUGACAAGAGCCAUUUUUUGGUCCAUGAAAUCACAGAAAUAGGAAAAAUUUUAUCUUUGAAAUUUUAAAAAUCUUAUUGAUAAAUGAAUAGGGGGAUAAAGUCUGGUAAUUUUAUUGCAAAAAUGACAUUUGAGAUGUCAUCUGACCAAAAAAAUGGCAACUUUACACCUAGUUUUUAGUAAAUUUAAUAUAACUGUUAUAUGUAUUACUUGAGUUUUCUGCAUGUGAUCAGUCAAUGAAUUAUACAUAGAAUUUGUGAAGUCAUUCUACCAGCUUUUUAAUUCACUGAGCAAAGCUUUCCCCAAAAGAAUAUUGACUCGCAUCAUUAUCUUAUUGUAAGACAUCUUGUGGCAAAAAUUUCUUAUUUGGGCAAGGCUGUUGCUGAUAACUGAAUGUAAAUGGGUAGAUCUCAGAAUGAAACAAUUUUUGAAGUAUUUGCAGAUUUUCUAUAAGGCCAAAAAUAGAAUUUAAAUUGUUUGAUGUUGACUACCUACCCACCUAAAAAGCAGCCUACCCAAAAAACUUAUGACACAAAACAUUUCAAAUUUUUUAAAGUUUUUUUUCAUGCUCUAAAGUUGUUUAUUUGUCUAAAACAUGUAACUUAUGUUGUUGGCCAAAAUAAAAAAUUAAAUCUCUACCUACCUACCCAACCCUACAAGGCAUGGGUAGGCAACAUUAAACAAAGAACUUGUAAAGGGUGGCCUAAGAAGACAUAAAUGCAAGAAGUUUUAAGGUCUAGAGCAAAUAAAAAAAGUAUAGUAUUAUACCUGUUAAAUGUCAGUGUAAUAUUUAGGGAAGUUCAAAGGGCCUAAAAAUUUGGCCUUAUCAUAAUUUCACCUUUGAAUCUCAUCUUCAAUUUAUUGUUUUGGCACUGUGAUGUUAAAUGCAGUUGUUUUGAUAUAUGUUGAGUAUUGAUAUACUUACGACAAAAAAACAAACCAAAAAGUUACAUAGAAAAAAAAAUCUUAAAAAAUGUGAAUGAUAUGAUGGUAAUAUGUUAAAGUUAAAUGAAACUUGUUGAGCACAGAAAAAAAACCUUAAGAAAAAUGCCAGUUUUAUGAUAAGGUACAAAAAAUUAAAGCUGGAAAAGAGUUGACUCAAAAAUUAAUUAUUUAUAUAUUUUACAUUGGACCAACAAGUUAAAAUUUAAAGAUUGAGUUAUAAGAACUUUUUCAUGAAUUUGGACACCUUAAAAUGAAAUGAUAUCACUCCAUACAUUUGUUAACCUCGUUAAUAUCUCAAAGGUUAUAUAGUGUUAACGUGAAUUAUAUGUACAAUUCUUUUGUAUGAACCUAGAAUUGGUAUCUGUUUAUUAUCAUUAUUUUUCCAUAAACAAAGCAUUGGCAUUGUCCUCAGUUGAAAUUUAUUUUAUCAUUUUAGUUGUUUUAAUGUCAGUUGCAUGCUGUUAUUAACCAGAACAAAUUUUUGAUUAAUUAUAAAAACUAUAAAUUUUAAUACCUUAAUUCUGGUUUUUUGGGGUUUGUAUGUGUUUUACAUCAUUACUGGUAUAUAGCUGUAAUGACACUUCUUACAAAAAAAAAUUAAAAUUGUAAAUUUAUUAUUUAACCUUUUUAAUUGUUCAACCCAAUUCAGCAAGUCUGACUUUUUAGAUUAUUUAAGCAAUAUUAUCAUAUUUGUUGUGAAAUAUAUUUAAAACAUUGAUAGUAAAUAACAGUAGGAUAUUUAUGAAUAGUUGGGUCUCACUAUAGAGAGAGAUGGUCUGCAUGAUGGAUAGGCUAUGUUUUAAUGUGUAUAUGUGAAACUGAGGUGUGUAUGUGUAGAGAGUGUGUGUAUAUGUGUAUGAUUAUAAUGUGAUGUUUGUAUAGAUUUGUAUAAAGUAUGGGCAUAUUUAUAUUGACACAAACAAGUUUAACAUAUCAUGAUGUAAAUAGAAGUAACAUUAUUUUCGUAUCAUAUAAUGGUCAGUUUUUUUUAAACUAUGUAAAUGAUUUUCUAUUGUGUGUUUUUCUAGACCAAACUCAUGACGCUCUCCUUUGUUGAUAAUUCAUUGCUCAAAAUAAAAAGGCUUUGCCGUUAUUCUAGAUUUCGUUUGGUAAAUAGAUUUUGGAAUGGUCAAGGAAGUCCUUAAGCACUGUUUUCAAGAUUAUUUCCAUACUGUUAACUUUCUAAUUUCUCUGUUGAUCCUUAAAUUAGAAUAUCUUUAAAAAUUUGUUUAAUAAAUGCUGUCUAUCAAUACAUAAAUACUUUUAUUUGCAGUUUUCAACUUAUGUAACCCAGAUAUUAAGCAACCAUAGAGUAACUUUAUUUUCAAAUUGUCACGGCUUAAAAAGAAAUCCAGAAAAUGUCAUUUCUGUCAUUUUGAUGUUUCAUGAAAAUUAUAGUUCUUGAUAUCUUUAUAGCAGAAACUCUUGCAAGACUGAAAAAAUAUGAUAGUCAGUUCCUCACUUCUAAUCAGACUUGUGAAACUCUUUGUAAAAUAAUGAUUACACUGUUGAGAAGGAGCUUAAACAAAUGAUCUAAUUGAUUAUGUCUUCCCAUCUAACACAAGAUUUUGAAUUCUCUUAUUAACUUAGCUAUCAUUCUCUAUGCACUUGACAGAUUGUGCUAAGAUAGUACCAUUUAUUCCUUUGUUAAUGUUAAAUUCUUAUUUUAUUUUUGACCAGAAUGCACAAAGACCGAUCAAAUUGAUUUAAUUUGUGUUUACCAGCUGUGUCCUAAUCAUUAAAAGACAGAACAAAUUACAAUUCAUAAGUAAUGCAAUCUGGCAAUUUUAGUUUUCUUGAUACUUAUUUUAGAAUAUUGGAUUAUCAAAAGAAUUAAUAUUUUUCAUGCUAAACAUUGCCAAACUUGGAAAAAUUGAAAAAGCAACUGUCCAAUGAGGAUCACAAAUUUUUUGCCAUAAUUAUAAAGUCAAACAAAAGUGUUCUCAGAUUAAAUAAUAAAUUCAUUACAUAUUAAUCUGUCAUUACACAUUAGCUAUCUUGUUGUAAAUAAAUAGUCUACAAAAGAACUUUUGAAAAACAGAAAUGUUAUCUCCCCUUUGUGAUUUGUUUUCUGUGUCUACUGUGAUCCCUGUUUUGUGCCUUUAUAUGUACAGAUGAUGUUGUUUCAAGAUUAACUGGUUGUUGUGAAUGUGUUAGUGCUAGCAUUCAGCUUUUAUUGUUUUUAUCCUUGAUAUUAAUACUCUUAAUUUACCAAUUUUAUAAAAGAAGCAAUUAGCAAAUAAAUGUAUCAAGGUUUCAAUGCGAUUUUUAAUCCUUUCAGUAGAAACUAUUGUAUUAAAAAAAAAGUUUUCUAUAUUAAUCAAUUUUAUAUGAAUUUUAUCAUUUUAGUCAUUUUACUAUGCAUUUAAUUGAAGUAGUUUUAUUUUUCAUUAUUCUUGAAUAAAUAAAUAGCUAAGACAAAAUUAAUGUUUUUGGUCUUACAUUUGUUUUUAAAAUGGGAUAUUUUAUAUGUAGUGUUUUUUUUCAAAUAAAAUUAUUGUUUUUUGAAGUUCACUAAUAAGAGUAGAUUUUUUCUCUCACUGUUCUGUUAAAUCACAUAUGUUGUCAGUAUUGGACUUUUACCAGUAGAAAUUACAAAGUUUCAAAGUGACAAGAAGUUUUGUAUAUUGUGAAGCUUCUAUAAAGUGGAUGAACAAGGGCUACAUGAAAUCCAUAUGAAGUUUUUAUGCAAAUAAAGAUAUUUGUGACCAAAAAGUGAAGGUUAGACAAGUAAUUUUACACAAUCAGCUAUUUGAAUCAAAGAAGAAAGUAUAUUUAUUUUGUAUGCUUUCUUUUUAUAUUUGAAAAGGUGGGGAUUUUAAUUAAGAAAAUGGCAGAUUAAAUAUUUUUUAAUUGUUCCAGCUUUUGCUAACAACAGUAUUUUUCUCUUUUGCCAUUUGAUUUGGUCUUGGGCAUAAGAAAUUAUCCUGGAGUUGAAGAUAUUUGUUAUUUCCUAUUUUUUAUGGUUAAUAAAAUGUUUUCAUUCAAUUUUUAUGUGUCACAAAUUUUAUAAUUUAUAACAGAUAGUUGUUUUCUACUGGUUUACUCAGGUCUCAUGUUACUGACUUUUAUCAUUGACUGUUGUAAUUAAUGUGUAAUAUUUAUAUGAAACGCACAUUGAAACCCAUACUAAGUUUAUUACUAUUAAAGAAAAAAAAAUAUUUAUAUAGACUAUCAGCCUGUUUAAAUUUUCAACAAAAAAACCCUUUUGAAGUGUUACAUCCAAAAAUAACUUCUAAAAUUUCCAACAACAUAUAUAUAGGAGUUACUUGCCUGGUCAACUCUACAGAACUAAUUAUUUUCAUAAAGUAAAAAAUUAGCUCAUGAAAUGAUCUGAAAAGGUAAAAUAUGUAAACAGUUUGUUAUUGGUAGUAUUUCAUAAUAAUGUCAUGACCUUAUUUGACCUUGGUGCUACAAUUCUCUGUUCAUCCUUCUACUGACAGUGCUCAUCAUUUUAACACAUUCAUUGUACAGGUUAAUCACAACAAUAAAAUAUUAAAAAUUCAAA